AUGAAGCUUCUUUUUGAUAUUUAUUGCGACCCCUUCGUCCAGUUGCGCUAUAUCUUGUCCCUUCCGCAUUAUUAUCCGUUAGACGAGAGCGACGAAUACGCAGACGCUUUGGCGCAUGAAGAGCCUCUUCCAUCGCCAUUUCCCCUCAGCCAAAAGAAUGUAUCUCAAUAUGCCACGGCGCAAAGGCCGCGAGCCUACCAACGGUUUUACCAAGCACUUACUGCCCACUGGAUGGCAGUGGAGUCUCUUUGUCUCGCAAAAGCAGCGGACUUCCAAACGGCUAGCCAGCGCAAUCGCCAUCUUGCAAAAAUAUGGGAUAUUUGGACAAACAACCCAGAAAGAACGCUCUUGGAAAAACUAGAAGUUCUGGAGGUCACAGACUUUGUUUGGGGCUUCCUUGGCCGAAAGAUUUUCCAAGCAGCCGAUUUCCCUGCUAUAUGGCUAGAAGGCGGGAGCGAAUACUUGCAAAGUGAAUACAUGGAUGAAGACUACUCACUACACUCGAAUUGGCUUUUUUUUAUCCGCGAUGUGGCACAGUUUUUGAGGCCGCCGCAUAUCAUCGAGCUUCUACUUCUCACUGUUUGGAAAACAAAAAGCACUGGGAUUAUUAACGGACCGGACUAUUUGAACGAGCUAGGGCUCUCUCAAAUGGGAACCGUGCAGCGUGUGGAUGAGAUGAUUCAAACGGAGACCUUCUUUCCCUUGACGGCUUUAGAGGAAGAUAUAGUGAAUGAGCUGACUGGGAGUGAAUUUUUAUUGGACAGCAGCCGAGAAUUUUGUGAAUCGAGGUGGGAUCAGUAUAGGUGUGAACGAUGGGUGUUCGAGUCGAGGGCAAAGAUAUUUUUCCGUGAAGAAACGACCGAAAGGAUGUUUGAGCUUAUCAUGGGCUAG